AUGUCUGACGGCGAUGACGACGAGGCGCUGCCGCAGGUUCUGCAGGUCGCCUGGGAGAGCGCCCUGUUAGCCGUGCGCGUCGCGAUCGUCCUUCUCGCGCUCACUUUCGGCGCGUGGUUCUACAGCCGGGUGACCAGCAAGCGAUGCAAGUGCCCCACGCGACUGGAGGGCAAGACGGCACUGGUGACCGGUGGCAGCGCGGGCAUCGGCUACGAGACGGCCAAGGCGCUCGCCACUCGGGGCGCGCGAGUCAUCUUCACCUGCCGCAACAUGGAGGUGGGCCAAAAGGCGCUCGCCUCCAUGAUCGAGGCGAGCGGCGGCGGCGACAUCGUACUCAAGCAGCUCGACCUCUCCUCGCUGGGCUCGGUGCGGCGACUGGCGUACGACAUCCUGGACAGCGAGCCGCGGCUCGACCUGCUCGUCAACAACGCCGGUCGCAUGGCGCCCCCUCGGCGCACGCUGACCGACGACGACCUGGAGACGACCAUACAGAGCAACCACCUGGGACACGCCCUGCUCACCGGUCUGCUGCUCGACCUACUAAAGCGCUCGGCGCCGUCUCGCAUCGUCGUCGUCUCGUCCAUUCUGCACGGGUGGGCGCGGCUGGACCUGGACGACCCGUUCCUGGAGCACCACUACUCGGACUCCCGGGCGUACUGCCUCUCGAAGCUGUACAACGUGUACUUCGCCCGCGAGCUGGCCGACAAGCUCCGCGGCGAGCGGGUCACCGUCAACGCGCUCCACCCGGGUCUCGUCAAGUCGCGCUUCUUCCGCGAGCGUCCCACCACGUUGUUCGGCAAGUUCCUACGUUACGUGGUGGUGCCCUUGCUCGGAAAGUCGCCCAUGGAGGGUGCGCAGACCAGCAUCCACCUGUGCCUGGCACCGGAGUUGGCGCACACAACGGGGCGCUACUUCAAGGAGUGCCGCGAGGUGAGGCCGGCUGAGCAUGCGCUGAACCCGGUGCUCCAGCGACAGGCCUGGGAGAUCACCGAACAGGCGCUCAACGUGCGCCUCUGCGAUUGAACGGCGACUAGGCUGCGAACACGUCGUCAUCCGCUUGGACGACAUUAUGGAAUUACAAAAUUCGUCGCUCUCAAUUAUGUGACUCUGAGUCGUGCUCAGUGUGAUUAGCUUGCUCCAAGGAACGAGCUUCUGAUUAACUGCCGCAAUAUGUAGCACCGGAUAACGUCGUAUUUCCUCAUUAUGGUCUAUACUGAGGCGCUUACCAAUAAAUAAGGCCACUGUUCAGAGCCUAAACAUAGACAGAGUCCCGCUACAUCAAAGCUAUCCGCAGCUAUAGAACUACCCGCCACAAAUACUCUCAGUACCCUUGCCCCUUACAGAUUUCGCACAGAUGCCUUCAAAUUGUCGUUCUUCCCGCUUGCGAUCAGAGAAUGGAAUAACCUGUCCCCCUCCCUUACCAGUAUAGCACAUCCUUAGCCACUUUCUCCAAACUGGUAGAAAGCGACUUGAUAGCCUCGCAAACAUAAUGUGGUGCUAUGCGAUCUUUCUUGUUACUUAAGUAAAGUGUCAAUAUGAUUGUACUUUG